AUGACGGAAUACGACUUCUCGCAGGAGGGCUACGAGCGCCAUAUGCGCAAGAUGCACCGCGUCUACAACUGGACUUGCGACAACGCCCGCAUCCCACAGAAAAAUCCCUUCGCGCCCCCAACUCCCGCCACCGGGUUGAUGGACCUCCCCUACGACGCUGCCGGCAAGACGAAGAGUAGGCAGAGGAGCGCAUCCAUGCACGACACGCGCGCGCGCACUGUCAUCCCCCCCAAGCGCUCCUCGACAACGCCCACCAAUCCCUACGGCAGCAAGCACUCCAACUCGUCCUAUACACUUGUGCAGCCCGUAGUCACCCCGCCCGUUGCGGCCGGCUACCCUGCCCCUCCUCCGCCCCAGAUCAUCUACUACAACCCUGGGCAACCGCAGGCGCAACCUCGGCGACACCACCGCGCCAACUCGUACGCGGCCCCUCCCCCACCUCAAGUCUACGGCUAUCAGGCCCCCGUGACAACCCACGUCUACCCUUACCCCACGACGGCCCCACGGAAGAGUACGAGCAGCGCCCAGCGCCCUCCGAUUGUGGUUCCGCCGGCUGUGCCACAAUACACGAUGCCGACGUCCCCGAAACAGCAGCCGCUGAUCAAGCGCCUCUUCGGCUUCGGUCGGAAGAACAGCGUGCGGAGCUCGAGCAGGGAGCCGUCGCGCGACGAGCGCCGCGGAAGCAAGGAGAGCACUACUACGACGAGAAGCACCACAGGGAGCGGGAGAGCCGCCAUCGCUCCUCAUCUCAGCACCCGCGCCCGUCGACCCAUCACCAUCACCGGUCAUCUCGUCACCGCGAGCGCCGGCUCAGCUACUAGACACCUCGCCGCCCGCGAUAUACCACCCGACCACCCCGGAACAAUCACCCGCACAUCACCCCUGCUACACGCCGCAACUCGUGCCACGUCGCCGCCUCCCCACGAGUUCCCAUCACCGGCGGCAUUCAUUUCUCUCUCGCCUACAACUCGCACUUCCCCCUACCUAGACGUUCUCAGGCUCGAUUCGACUGCUUGCUUUGCUGUUGACCAGGGUCUGAUUGCUUUCGUGCAACCUUUCUCGUCUCGCCUAUCUUCCUCUCGUCCCGCCUAUCUUCUCUCGUCUAGCCCAUCUCCUUUCCUCGCCUUCCGACUCGUCUCGCCCUUCCGAUUUUCCCACCCACGCUCUAAUUAUCCCCCACGUAUUUAUUCUUACUUAACCUUAAUGAUCAUGACGCUUCACGAAUACGGGGGUGGGCUUCACGAAGAUGGGCUUGACCUACCCGAACUUGGUCUUGGGCUUCACGAAUUUGGUCUUGACCUUCCCGAACUUGGUCCUGGCCUUCCUGAAGGUGGGCUUACUCCGAGUCCUACGCCCCCUCGCCUUCGCCCCAGUUCCAGGACAUUCAGCCACUUCGCGAGGACUGUACACUCGACACACGACAUACGACGGGCGUGCGACGAGUCGUCGGCGUGCUCUAUGAGGUGCGUCGUGCUCCGUGCGAGGCCGCUAGCAGCUAGCUGA